CGAGGCACUUGAAGCCGGGCCAGUCUGAGAGCAACCGCUGGAGAACCCAACAUGUCCUUGAAGAGGCUCAUUCAGCAGAACCACAAUGUCCACUGCAUGGGCUACAGUGUCCGUUCCACGUACACCCCCUGCUUCGAAUCAAUAGAUAGCCCUACGCUGGACAACAGAGGGAUCCAGAUCUCCACAAAUUCAGUGGGCACUUUGCCCAGGGAUUACAAACAGCUUGCUUUAUGCAGAACAAGUUCCUUGGGUGGCUCUUGUGGCCCACAAAGAAAAUCACUCAAAAUCUUCAAAGAAGACAAUGAAACAUUUGGAUUUGAAAUUCAGACGCUUCGAUUUCAGCAACAGAGUAACUGCUGCUUGGAAAGCUGCACGUACAUCUGCAAAGUAAAGGAAGGAAGUCCUGCCCACCUCUCUGGACUCCAAAGUGGUUAUAUUCUGACCAAUAUCAACAGAGUGAGCUCUGAAGGGCUCAGUCACAAGCAAAUGGUGGACUUGAUCAGAUCAUCAGGGAAUCUAUUAAGCUUAGAUGUUGUGAAUGAAGCCUUUAUUAUGAAAAGAAUGGAACUGGAAACCAAGAUGAGUUUUUUAAAGCAAACACUGCAAGAGAAGCUGGUUGAGUUCCAGUCACUGUGUUUACGAGAACAGCACCUUCUUCAUGAUGAAGUGGAUGGCAGCUCGCUCCUUGAUCCUUUGGGGUUAGAAGAAUCUAAUCUAUUGAGUGACUAUAUUGGGUCAGGGUCAGCCUUGGCAAACAAACCCCGGUUUUCCAGUGAAAGCAGCUGUAUAAGCCGCCUCAGCUCAAUGACGGUGGGCAGCGAGGACAGUUUCUACCAAGGUGGUGUUUUUGAGGACAUUGUUAGUGAGGCUUUUAGCCAGCAGUCAAGCACAGAGGAUGACUGCUUCCUUCCAAGGGACUCUGCCAUUGCUGUUGUGAAGACUUCACUGAGAAGACAUAGAAGUAUCAGCGUGGCAAGCAGUGGUUCUGGAUCUCCCUUAUGUGACAAAGGCAAUGCCUUGAACCUCUUUGGGACACUCCCUCGGAAAAGCAGAAAAGGAAGCGUACGAAAGAGGCUUUUGAAAUUCAUCCCAGGUCUUCACCGGGCUGUGGAGGAGGAGGAAAGUCGUGUCUGACAAAAUGGGUUCAGAACUCCUUAGAAAAUUUGGGGCCAAACUUUUGAAACCUUGUUGGGCUUGUGCCAUGGACUUGGAUCAGAUUUCAUUCAAUGAAGUGAAACAAAGCAAAAGAAGCAGAUCAGACUGUGAUACUUGUUUUUUGUGAACUAGGCUCAGGAGGACAACAGUGACAUUGUGUGUGCGUGCGCGCGCGCACGUUAUUCUUAAAAAAAAAACACGAGCGCAAUAUGUGCCCGAUGCUGGGAGUAUGCAGCAAAUCUAGCAUGUGGCAAGUCUUUAGCUGCCAACAUUUUACAGAAGAUCAAGGUAAAACCAGAUGAGGUUUCUUUUGUGGAUAAAAAUCAGCUGAGAGAAGGAGGGCAAUUCAGGGAAGGACUGCAGUGCAGGGAAGGGAGUUAACAAUUCCCCCCAUAUGCACUUCUUUUAAACACUUCCAAGAGAUGCCAUUUUCCCUCACUGAAGGAUACAUACAGAUUGCCAGCCUAACACAUAGUUGUUGGGAGGUGGAUGGGCAUUUGAGGUUGUGAAGAUGGAGCAGGUAGAAUGGGCUAAUACCUCAUCCCAUUGCCUAAGGCCCUGACAUCAAGGAAAAGUACAGCAACCGUGUCCUAAUAAAAAACACCCAGGAGGUCCAUUCACCAAUCUCCUAGUGUCUCGUUUCAUUUGACCAAGAGAAAAUGAGGCACAUAUAUUUUCUAGAAAAGCAAAACAUGGGGAUGCUUCAUAUAUUUUGUGCAACUCUUACAUGUUUAUGAAAUUCUGCGGAGACUGUGUAGGCCCCUUCUUGGUCCUUCCAUGGUAGGGCUGCCAACCUGGAGAUCUCUCCAAAUUACAGCUGAUCUUCAGACUACAGAGGUCAGUUCCCCUGAAGAAAAUGGCAGUUUUGGAGGAUGGAUGGUAUGGCAUUAUAGCUUGCUGAGAUAGCCCCCCCCCCCAAAAAACUCGCCUUCCUCAGGCUCUACCCCCAGCUCUUUUGGGAUUUUCCAACCCGGAGUUGGUAACCCAAUGAAUGCGUGGUAAUGGGGAAGAAAGGUAAUGUAUGGACCUGAAGGACAUGUCAGACACAGCAGAUGUACAGGACUCUGAUUUCCUGCAAUGGCAGCACAUACAGACCUUGCUCCUCCCAAACACCCUCUUGCUGUCAUCAUGAGAACUGAUGCCAUCUCAUACAUCUGAGAGCCAAGCUACA